UGCUCCCGGCGCCCGCGGACGCUCUGCAGCGCCUGAGGCGCUUUCUCUCUUGUAGGAGCCCGGGGCGCGUAACGCGGCUCUAUCGCCCUCUAAUGAGGCCGCGCUAGCCUAGCAAGUGCGGAGGGCGGGACUGGGUUUUGCAAGUGUGACUGUAGCGGCGCAGUUCUGCCUGGCUCGAUUAUCCCGUUCUGUAGGCUGGGAGCAGGCCCUGGUCCUUUUCCCGCUGGUGUGUAGGCCCUACUUGGGUGAAGUGACCAAAGCAGCUUGAUGAGCCAUUUUGUCUGCAGACUUCUCAUGCUGCUUCUUUGAACGGCUUUGCCUAUGCUACAGUGAAAUGUCAGAGUCUUAGUCAUAAACCUUAACGUGCUCAUGUCUUUGAUUACCCUGGGAGCUGCAAGCAGUGUGACUGGGAGGAGAUACCCUUGGCAGAGAACUUGUUUUGAGUCAGUUCGGCUGUAGGAGAGAAAUCUUAAAGUUUCUAGUCUCUGAUGUUUUCUUGGAAAUUGUUCAGUUUCCCUGCCACAGUAUCAGUCUUCAGUGACUGACAUGUCCAGGGUUGUGGGUAGGCUGGUGUAUUUGGUUUUCUUGGCUAGAGCCCAGUCUUUCUGACUGGGAGAUACUGUUCAGCUUUACUGAGAUAAAUCUAAUAUAGGUGUCCUCGGACUUUAGUAUUGAAGCAAAUUUAAAGCCACAUCAUGUUUUCUCUUGGAGAUUUCUCCAGCUUUAUUCAGUGAGAUUACGUUAAAUCUGAGGAUUUUUUUUUUAAAUGUAUGCUAUGUUGUAGUUGUGUUGGUUCCAGGAUAUUAGCGAGACAAGGUGGGUGAGGUAAUAUCUUUUAUUUGACCAACUUCUGUUGGUGAGAGAGACCAGCUUUUGCUAUUACAAAGAACUCUUAUUCAGGUGUGGGAAGCUUCUAGCUUGUAUCUCUCACCAACAGAAAUUGGUCCAAUAAAAGAUAUUAUCUCACCCACUUUGUGUCUCAUAUUUUUUGUUAGAUCAUUGAUUGUUUGACUUACUCCACUGUAGUGUUUCACUUGGGCCUUCAAGCAGGGCUUUGGAGCGGAGCUGCAGGUUUUUGCCUAGAGCCGGAACACAGCUCCAAAGCCCUGGAAUGUUGGCCUCUCAGAAUUGUCUAGUUUACUCAGAACUAUACUGUUGUGAAGAAAGGAGACAUUAAUCUGCCAGGAUUUAAAGGAUCUUAGUUUAAUCAUCCUGGCUGUGGCCACUGGAUGUCACCCUUACUCCACACACGUGGAAGAACCCUGUUGUGAUUGCCAGACUCCCUGCUUUCAUAUGAGGAGAUGGAGGUUCAGAGUUAGGGGAAUCCUGUUCUCUAAAAACAAAGUGCUAUCUUGUCAUCCCUGAGAGGGAAAUUAGAUACAGUUUGCCCAACUUUUCCUAGAAAAGUUGAAUAUGAGCAGUAGGCAAUUCUGUGCCCCAGUGUAAGCAAGAAUAUUCCAAGAUGUGUGCAGCCUGUAUCAUUAAUGCACACGCACCCCUUGCAUGUCGGUCCUUUGUUUGCCCGGGGGGAGAGAUCUUGCUGCUCUAUGGAAGCUGAGGGACCCAUAUGAAAAUAGCAUCUGGGAACCUCUGGUUUAUGCUGUAUGUCAUACCACUUUUAUCCUGUAGUUUGUGGUAUAGCAGGGCUGUGCAGUGCAUGUUCAUGUUUGAAGUAGAUAUGUGGUACUUCAUAAGGCACAAAAGGCUUUGCCUAGAGAUACAAUUUCUUGGCUUACAGAUAGAUGAGACACACCGGCAAAUUAAUCAGCGUCACUCCAUGGCUUCUGUGGUUGUGAUAAAUAAAGCAGAUGGCUGUGGGAACAUGUAUUGUAUUCAGGCUAUUGCUAGAAUUUCCCUUGAAGAAGGAGUUUUAAGAUUUGGGAAUAAACUUCAAAGCGAUCUCUUUAUAGCUUGGAUCAUGUUCCACGCUCUGCCCUCGGUCAAUGUAGGCAGGAGACUUCUGAGAGCCAGCAGUGCAGGUGUUGCUUCUCUCAUGCCAGCUGUUCCUCUGUAGUCUCUAUAUUGCACCUGGGAGCCAGAAAGCUGUUUCUUGGGAGGGACUCCCUUCCACUUGAUCUUUGCUUUGUAAUUGGCCUCGUGCCUCAGUUUUUUGUUUUGUUUGUUUGUUUUGCCAGUUUCCUUCCAGGCAUGUGAAUUCCUGUUCAUUCACUAUCGCAGGGGCACUGUAAUAGGAUGUACUGGAUGGAAACUGAACAUGAAUGUCUCUCAGCAGGAAAUGUAAUGGGAUGGUGUCCCCACGGGAUGGUGACUGCAGCCAGAUGGGCAUCACUUCACUAAUCCACAGUCUAACUUGCCCAGUUCUGAUGGCUUCCUGUUGGCAGCUUUCUUUCUCUGCCAGAAGGAACUGAUUGGUUGUACCAUGUGGGUGGCUGUUUAUGGAAACUAAAAGUUCAGUGAUGAUGGAAGGUAAACUACCGGUUGGCAGGGCAGACAUUUUCUUGUUCAGAGAGUUGCAGAGCCCAGUCCUGCUGCUUGGAAGUAGGACCUUUCUAUUUAGGUCUUUCUCCAACUCGCAGUACCCAAAACCUCCUGAAAAGAUGCCUUAUUCCUGCUGAAGUGAAGAUGUUAUGACCAUUGUCCCCUUAGACUUCAAUGAACUAUUCAAUGGAGCAUCGGUGGUUGGAAUGGGGACCUGAAGUGAAAACCCUUCGCUUUUGCCUACCACACCAUCAGGGUGCCAAAGUCUUCAGCUGCCUUCUACCCAGUUGCCAAAACCUCCAGUGUCCUUCCCUGAUAGCAUUCACAAUACGUGUGUGUACUCUUUGCAAAAGUGUGGCAGUAAAACCUUGGACACCAUAAAAAGUGAAUAACAGAAGGAAUUCUGUACUGACUGACUGCAUUAUUCAUUUUUUAUAGUUAAUUCAGUAACCCCUCUCCCUCACUUCCAACUUACAUGAAGUUGCAGAAUUCACAGAUUCCAAGACCAGAAGGGACCAUUGUGAUAAUUUAUUCUGCAUUAUAGCUCUCAGAAACCAGAGGGCCUCACAGCAGGAUUCCAGUCCAGUUUUCUGCAAAUUCCAUGAGGGGUAUGUAGGUGCUCUCGAAGAGAUGCUCCUUGCAUUAAAGAAACACUCAAGCAAACCUGCCCUUGAACUGCUGAAUGAAUACUCCCGCAAAGUGGACUUCUUAAAGGGAAUGUUAGAAGCUGAAAAAUUGUCGUCGUCAGCAGAAAAGGCCUUGGCAAAUCAGUUCCUGGCCCCCGGCCGAACUCCCACUACAACCAAAGAGCGAACCCCAGCUACUAAAAUGGUUCAUCUGCAGACAAAGGCUCGCUACACAGGCAAGAUGAGGAGUGAACUGCUUGGUACGGAUCCCUUGUCUGUCAAUGAGUCUGAGGAGCUAAAUUUAAGGAAACGGAAAGGCCUUGCAUCUGAAGAGAAGCAGUCAGCAACUGAGCUAGAUGCCGUGUUACAGCAUCACCGCAGCAUGCAGGAGAAGCUGGCUGAAGAAAUGUUGAGUUUGGCUCGCAGUCUCAAAAACAACACCCUGGCAGCACAGAACGUCAUCAAACAAGAUAACCAGACGUUAUCUCACUCUCUCAGGAUGGCAGACCAUAACUUUGAGAAGCUGAAGGAUGAAUCUGAACGCCUUGAGCAGCAUGCAAAGAAAUCUGUCAACUGGCUGCUCUGGAUAAUGUUAAUUGUAGUUUGUUUUAUUUUUAUUAGCAUGAUCCUCUUUAUCAGAAUUUUCCCUAAACUCCGAUAACUUGUAUAGCAUCCAGGAGCAACAGGUAGGAAGCUAGACAGUAUGUGACCCUUUGCUCAUUCCCAGCAAGUUGACCAGUUUGGUAAGCACUCACUGUAAGGCAGUUACCUACCUCUGAUCAUAUCCUGAAGGGUGUCACCAAGGGCCUAGUCUUCCAGCCCUUCCUUGUGUCCUUACUGGAGUUGGUGGGACACCUUGUGAAAGGCUUCCUAAGUUGGGUCACUCGAUAUCCCUUUUGCUUGGCUAAUAUGGUUAUUUGUUUCUUGAGAAAGAAACUGCAAUAAAGAUGGCACUUUCAGUGGAAUAUCCCUAGAAAUAGAUCAUUCCAGGUGCCUUGGUAGAUGUGGUUAAGGGUAUUGUUCCUCUAUAAGGGAGCACAGUACACAACUGAAGGAUUAAAGACCAUAUUUGCUCUUUAGAAACCCACCGACUUUAACAGGACCCUUGCUAGGAUUGUCUUUGUAACCUGCCUGGAGCAGAUAUGGAGGGAGCAUUGUUAUUGAGUGGGUCCCCUUGAGUUAGAGAGUCAAGAAGGAAAAUUAACUUCACAGCCUUGCCCUUCUGCCAAAUGGACGCUGGUCACUGAAGUCUCCUGAAGCCUGGAGUUGUGGGAGAAGACAGAGGUUGGAAGCAUCUAGUUUGGGAAGCUUGAACAAACCCACUCAUCUCCUCUUACAAUCGCAAACCCUAACGUCCAACCGAAGUACAGAGCGUGUCAUUUACCAUUACUCCAUUCCUUCAGGAAGCAGCUCAUGGUGGCUGUUCAGCCCUAAACGUGCAGUGUACUCUGCAGAUCUGCCUGCCUACGCAUCUUGUUGCUUCACUAAAAUGAGAGUUGAGGAAGUUGAUCUCUCUUUAAAUAAGUCAUUUACUUAAGGAAAAAAUCGGCCUGUACCUUCUGAGCUUGGCUUAUUUGCAUGUUUGCUCUCCUUAACUCUUAUCAUUUUUCUAGUGGAAGAUACCUUGAAGUUUUCAGCCAUAUUCUGCUCUUGAUGAAGUGCUGGCUUGCUGUACUGGGUGAAAGAGAGUGGUGUAAUCAUCCCACCCAACCUGCUCAUAAGGAGAGAGUGUGUGUUUCUGUCUCUGUCUGUCUCUCUCUCUCGCCCUAACUUUUAAAGCAUCAGUACUGCAAACUGCCUGCUUUCACUUCAGUUUAAACCAGUCUCCCUAUUACAAAUUGUUACUGUUGGUAUUCUGUAUAUUGCUGUCUAUUUUGUACAAGUUUGUAUUGGUUUUUCUUGGACUUAUUUAUUACUAUAUGAUUUUCAUAAUUAGAAGCAACUGCCAUCUUCUCUCUCUAUAGCAAGUGAAUGUUGCACAGUACUAUACUGCAGCUUCUGGGGUGAUCUGUAUUCCUGCAGAUCAUGUAGAUUUAAGAGCAAACCCAUCCGUAGUAGAAUGUGUACCUUGUAACAUCACACAAAUCCUCCUUAAUGACUUCACGUUGUAAGAAAACGAUCACUGUUCCAAACUCCUGCCUUUAUCUGGUGCCUCUCAGAGGAAACCUGAAAAGUGCUAUCUUCCUAAUUCUUUAUGGGCUACCUUUGUAAUGCAUUGUAUAUCUAAGCUCCGAUCCUGCAGUGAGAACUACAUGGGAGCCCAUUAGGCCUGCAUGGGUGAUGGGGCUCAGCCCGGACUGUUCUCCUUGUAGGAUCAGGGCUGAAGUGAGCCAACUCUAGCCUUACUGUAAGCAGAUGAAACUCAAUCUACUGCAAUGAGACUUGCACCCACUUAUGUCAAGGCCGACUUUGGUCCAGGCUGUAUUUUGUUGACAAACACUUUGCAUCCACAUUCUGUAGGAUGUAGGGUGGUGAUGUACAGAGAAAGUAAUCAAUUACAACCUGCUAGAGUUGAUCAGACUUCACGUGAUGUUGUGAAGGGUUACUGUGUCCAGAAUCAGACGAGUGGUAUUGUUGAAAUUAUACUUUGUUAGGGUGAGGGUGACUGUGGUAAAGUGGAGGGAGAGGGGGUGUAGAGGGCAGAGAGGCUGUGUCCGUGGAAUCCGAAGCCCAGCCCAGAAUGAGAGUACUUGAAAAGCAUCCAGGAAAAAAAUCUAGUUUCCAGGUCCCAAGGCAGAGAAACUUGUGUAUGUGCAAAACAGACCCAGAGAAACACUUGGAAAAUUAUUCUUCAAAAUUAGGCAGGACUUGCAUUGCUCUUCUAAGUGCAGUUGCUAGUGAAAGCUAGAUAGGUGUGUCUGGUGUUCAAGUAUUUUUAAAUCGCUUGUGAGGAAGAGAAGGAAAUGGAAGAGAUCACUUUUAUGAACCACUAGGUGGCCAUGUUACUAGUGCUUCCUGCCUGCUGUGUUCUGUUACUCUCAGCAGGAUUGCUGAGAAUAGUUAUAUAAUGCUCUAAAAUCAAGGCUGGUAGGAAAAUGAGACUGACUACUGUUUGGGGGCAGUCUAUUCAGAGAAACGAGCGAGAGACUGGCUUCUUGGGAGAGGUGCUAACGAUUGUAUUUAAAAAGCAUUUUUUGAUUGUACGAUUUGAUCUACACCGACCCCCUGUGUUAAUUCAUAAAUAGGUUACCAAACUUA